ACAGACCUCCUCUCAGUGUGAGCCAGUUCCUCGUGCUCGACGUCCACAAGCUCCUCCUCCGAAGUGAUGUAUUACGCCGAUUUAAAGCUGGAGGACAGCAAUUCCAUCUGGAAUCGUAUCUACUUUCAGCUUCCCUGAUAAGAGAGCUUCUAUUGCAGUCAAAUUUCGCACCAUUUGGUGGAGAAUUCCAUUGAUUCGGGCUGUUUUUGUGGAGUCUGGAGGUUUUUUGUUUGUCGCUGCUGGCGAUUCGAACGAGUUUUCUGGUAUCAAGAAAAGAGGUUUACAGACACAGCAACAAUAUCCUUCAAAAUUCACUGGAGCACUUUCUAGUCUUGAAAAAAUGACGCUCGGCCAUAUGGUGCAAAAAGCGAAGGAGUCGUCUGGCGACGUUACCCCAAAGAAGUACAACAUUUUUCUUGCUAGCAAACCUGUAGAUGGCGACCGCAAGUGGUUGGAUGUUACUAACAAGUAUACCAAUGACGUUGCUGCAAAGGUGCCACAAGCAACACACAAGGACAUAGAUGAUGCAAUCGACGCAGCCGUCGCCGCUGCCCCUGCUAUGGCUGCCAUGGGUGCAUACGAGCGUAAAGCAGUUCUGGAGAAGGUAGUAGCAGAGCUAAAGAACCGUUUCGAGGAGAUCGCACAGACAUUGACAAUGGAAUCUGGAAAGCCUAUUAAAGAUGCUCGAGGCGAGGUUACACGCACAAUUGACACUUUCCAGGUUGCAGCUGAAGAAAGUGUCCGCAUUUAUGGCGAGCACAUUCCUUUGGAUAUCUCUGCACGGAACAAAGGUCUUCAGGGAAUCGUCAAAAAGUUUCCAAUUGGUCCUGUGUCCAUGGUGAGUCCAUGGAAUUUCCCGCUCAACCUUGUGGCGCACAAGGUGGCACCAGCGAUAGCAGUGGGAUGCCCUUUCGUAUUGAAGCCAGCUAGCAGGACGCCGCUUUCAGCGCUCAUUCUAGGAGAAAUCCUACACAAAAUAGAAGAAUUGCCACUGGGAGCAUUCUCCAUCCUCCCUGUGUCACGGGAGGACGCUGAUAUGUUUACUGUGGAUGAGCGGUUCAAGCUCCUGACAUUUACUGGCUCAGGACCAAUUGGAUGGGACAUGAAGGCUCGCGCCGGCAAAAAGAAGGUGGUCAUGGAGUUGGGUGGUAACGCGCCAUGCAUUGUAGAUGACUAUGUUCCAGACUUGGAUUACACAAUUCAAAGGUUGAUCAACGGGGGUUUCUACCAGGGUGGCCAAUCAUGCAUCCACAUGCAACGCCUUUAUGUUCACGAGCGCCUCUAUGAUGAGGUCAAGGAGGGAUUCGUCGCUGCAGUGAAGAAACUGAAGAUGGGGAAUCCGUUUGAGGAAGAUACGUACCUCGGGCCUAUGAUCUCAGAAUCGGCAGCCAAGGGCAUCGAGGACUGGGUGAAAGAAGCAGUCGCGAAGGGUGGAAAGCUUCUGACGGGAGGAAACCGGAAAGGUGCUUUUAUAGAGCCAACAGUUAUUGAGGAUGUGCCAAUUGAAGCCAAUGCCCGGAAAGAGGAAAUCUUUGGCCCUGUUGUUCUCUUAUACAAAUACAGUGAUUUCAAGGAAGCUGUGAAAGAGUGCAAUAACACCCACUACGGACUUCAAUCGGGCAUCUUCACCAAGGAUUUGAACAAAGCUUUCUACGCUUUUGAGCAUAUGGAGGUCGGGGGUGUGAUCCUAAAUGACUCUCCAGCUUUGCGAGUUGACAGUCAGCCAUAUGGGGGCCUGAAAGACUCCGGUAUCCAGCGUGAGGGAGUGAAGUAUGCUAUGGAUGAUAUGCUAGAAACUAAGGUUCUUGUCAUGCGGAAUGUUGGAACCUUGUAAGUGAGUUUCCUUGUCAGCAUUUGUUUACAUCAUACAGCUUGUAUAUUGCUGACCGAGUAUUCACACCGUAUUUAGGUCUUCUUCCUGCUUAGCAAAAGUACAGAGGUGUGCUGUUUUCUGACUAGAUUUUGCAAAGGUGGGAUGCACUUGAGGAUCUGUUCAUUACGAUGAAUGAGGUAGAAGAUAGUUAUGUAACGAUGUAUUUGAUCGUAGCAAGCGAAAACAGCAGAGACAAUAUCGAUAUGAUUAUUAGCUAGCGAAAACAGCAGAGAUAAUAUCGAUAUGAUAUUGACAACUUCGCUACGCUUACGACAAUAAAACUAUGUUUUUGCAAA